GUUCUGCAGAUCAAUAUAGAAAACGGGCAGAGGCAUUAAUGAAAGAAACUCCUCUAAUAGAUGGACAUAACGACCUCCCAUGGCAGCUUCUCCUACGUUACCAUAACCAACUGAGCAAAGUGGAUCUGCACAAGCUGAAUGGAACCCAAACCAACAUUCCCAAGCUGAGAACUGGUCUUGUAGGAGGACAGUUUUGGUCAGCAUAUACACCAUGUGACACCCAGUACAAGGAUGCCGUGAGACAAACACUGGAGCAGAUUGAUGUCAUUCACAGAAUGUGUCAGACAUAUCCAGAAACUUUCGAAUGUGUAGGUUCAACCAAAGAAAUCACUGCAUCUUUCAAAAAUGGUAAAGUGGCCAGUUUAAUUGGUGUAGAGGGUGGACACUCGAUUGACAGCAACAUGGCUACACUGCGUCUCUUCUAUCAGCUGGGUGUGAGAUACAUGACCCUCACGCACAGCUGUAACACACCAUGGGCGGAUAACUGGCUUGUGGACAGGGGAGAUGACCCAGCUCAGAGUAAUGGAUUGUCCACAUAUGGAAAGAAAAUCAUACAAGAGAUGAACCGCUUGGGAAUGAUCAUCGAUUUAGCUCACACUUCAAUGGAGACAAUGAAUGAUGUACUGCAGCUUUCAAAGGCCCCUGUUAUAUUUAGCCACUCAUCUGCCUAUGCCCUAUGUAAUAAUAGACGCAAUGUACCAGAUGGAAUUCUGAGGAAUGUGAGUAAAAAGGGAGGCAUUGUGAUGGUAAAUUUCUACAAUGAAUACGUUACCUGUAACGAUGCAGCUAAACUUUCCGAUGUGGCAGAUCAUUUUGACCACAUCAAAAAGAUUGCUGGUUACGAGACUGUAGGAUUUGGUGGUGAUUACGAUGGGGUAUCGAGACUUCCUGCAGGCUUGGAAGAUGUGUCCUUCUAUCCAGACUUAGUAGCUGAACUAUUGAGAAGAAAUUGGUCUGAUCAAGAUGUGAAAGCAGCACUGGGAGGAAACUUCCUACGAGUCUUUGAGCAAGUGGAAAAGAUUAAAUCCAGCUCUCCUGGUGCUGAUGAGCCCAUUCCUUAUGAACAGAUUCAGAAUGAAUGUAGAACUGGCUAUGGCUAUCAAAAUAACGGAACCCCACUGGUGUUAUUUCCUACAGUUAUCUCAUUAGCUUGCCUAGUAUAUUAUAUAUUAGUAUAAGAGUUAAAUAAAGAAUGCAUGUACCACAGUAACCCUUAAAUAGUGCAGCUUCCCAAAAAAAAAAUGAUUUGAAUACAAAGAAAAAAUA